AUGGAGCGCCUUCCUCUGCAUGAUGGGAACUCCUCAGCCGACGCAGAGCUCCUGUCUCGGAGCGGCUACACCCUGCUGGCGGUCAUCAUGGGUGCGUUCUCCGUGGCCGGGAUCCUCCUCAACGUCCUGGUGAUCGUGGUGACGGUGAGGCACAGACAACUGAGGCAGCCGCUCAGCUACGCCCUGGUGAACCUGGCCGUCUGUGACCUGGGCUGUGCCAUGUUCGGAGGCCUGCCCACCACCGUCACCAGCGCCAUGGGGUACUUCAGCCUGGGACGCGUGGGCUGCGUGCUGGAGGGCUUUGCUGUGGCCUUUUUCGGUAUAGCAAGUCUGUGUACAAUCGCAGUCAUUUCUAUUGAACGCUACAUCGUGGUGUGUUCACCCAUGGGAGCCGUCCUGUUCCAGACCAGACACGCUGUCGCAGGAGUGGUGCUGUCCUGGGUCUGGUCCUUCGUGUGGAACACUCCGCCUCUGUUUGGUUGGGGAAGCUAUGAGCUGGAGGGCGUCGAGAUCUCCUGCGCCCCCAACUGGUACAGCCGGGACGUGGGGAACAUGUCGUACAUCAUCAUAUACUUUUCCCUUUGCUUUGCUGUGCCCUUCUCCAUCAUCAUGGUGUCGUACUCGCGACUCCUGUGGACUCUACGCCAGGUGACCAAGCUGCAGGUAUCCGAUGCCGGCAGCACAAACCGCGUGGAGGUGCAGGUGGCACGUAUGAUCGUGGUGAUGGUGUUGGCCUUCCUGGUGACCUGGCUGCCGUAUGCUGUCAUGGCCCUCGCCGUCAUCAUGGACUCCAGUUUAUAUAUCGACCCCGUCAUCGCCACCAUACCGGUUUACUUGGCUAAAACCAGCACCGUCUACAACCCCAUCAUAUAUAUCUUCAUGAACAGACAGUUUCGGGGAUACGCCGUUCCCACUGUCCUGUGUGGAUGGAACCCGUGGGCGUCAGAUCCACAGACGUCCGAGGAAGAGACCACGGUGGCCUCGAUAAACAGGAGCCAGAGGGUCUCAUCUAAAGGAUCUUUAAAUGAAUAAAAGUUUACAUAAAUCCAUGUCGAAUCUUCAGCCACUUACUUUCAUCCAAUAGGCAACCCGCUCUAGACUGGAUGGCAAGGACUAAUUCAUUUCACAACUGUAGGAAUCUGAAACAACGUA